UUCCCCGAUCCUCUUCGCAGGCGCCCUGACCGCGGAGCGCCGCCGUACUUCGCGGGACUCCCAGCCUGCCUGGGACGGCCAGCGGCGAGGAGCUGGGAGGGCAGCGAGCAGCGGAGAGGGCGGAGAAGGCGAAUCGCCUGCGAAGAAAUGCCCUGUUGAACUUUGAAUAUAUUAGUUGACAUCAGUGCGAGUUGGGGCUGCCAGCCCUAGCUCCCUCCUCCUUCCCUACCUCCUCCUCCUCCGCCUCCUCCCCCUCCUCCCCCCGGUCUCCGAUGGAAAGAGUUGAAGCCGUGCUGAUAGAAACCGCCUGGAAGAGACAGCAGAGAGCAGGGAGGACUUAGGUCCCAACUCCGGCCGUGCCUCGGGGACGCUGCCAACAGCCGUUCGCAUGGCCCGAGGCGGCGCUCCCUAAGCGCCGGGCCGGGGAGAGCCGCCGCUCCGCUCCUCUGCUCGCCCUGCUCCCAACCAAGCCGAGCCGCGCCGCGCCUGCCCCGCGCCUGCAGCAGCCGGAGAGCGAUGUGCCGAUAAAUCAUCCACGAACAAGCUUAUGAGAAAAAUAGAAGGAAGAAGGCCAAAAAGGCAUGCCAGAGAGGGCAGUUUGCAGAGUCCAAGGGGUUCAGAGAGGACUGCAGUGAGACUGCCUCUAAGAGGGAGUGUUUACAUUACUAAUUCUUCACGGGUUUACCUUCUGGGACACCAAACUUGGACUGCUGCUGGGACAUUUGCCUUGGACUUGGCCUCUGGACAGGUUACUAAGGAUUUCCAUUGAAGCAUGACUUGGACUAUGACACUUCAGUAAUGCCAAGGCUGGUUACUUCUGACUGUCAUCAGACCCAUACUUGCUGACCUGGAAGGAAGGUGGUGGAGAAAGGGGCAGAGCUGUGCUGCUGAGCCAUGCACCAGAUGGUAGAGCCUUCCUUCUCUCAACUGAUAAUAAGCUGAUGCUGGUCUAAGGGAAACUGUUCCUGCAGGUAUCCUCCCUGGGCCUACCUUGGAAGCUAGAUCUGCAGCUGACCUUCAGUCAUGGUUGUUUCAAGAUUAAAGGCCAUUUCCCUGUCAUUGCCGAGCCUUUUUCUUCUUGCUUUUCAUCUCUCAGCAUCACAAAAUGUACCUGAAUACUCUGAAGCUGAAAAUCAGCAAUGUGUCAGGAAAGAACACCCCACAAUUGCCUUUGAAGAUCUGAAGCCCUGGGUGUCGAAUUUCACCUAUCCAGGUGUACAGGAUUUUUCGCAGCUUGCACUGGAUGCCAACAGGAACCAGCUCAUUGUGGGAGCAAGGAACUACCUCUUCAGACUUAGUCUACACAACGUUUCUCUUAUUCAGGCAACAGCAUGGGGUUCAGAUGAAGACACCAGGAGGUCCUGUCAAAGUAAAGGGAAAACAGAGGAAGAGUGCCAGAACUAUGUCCGAGUGCUGAUUGUUUAUGGCAAGAAGGUUUUUACCUGUGGAACUAAUGCCUUUUCACCAGUGUGUUCCAGUCGACAGGUAGGAAAUCUGAGCAAAGUCAUUGACAGGAUUAAUGGAGUGGCUCGGUGCCCAUAUGACCCGCGGCAUAACUCAACAGCUGUGAUUACAUCACGAGGAGAACUCUAUGCCGCAACUGUAAUUGAUUUCUCUGGACGGGAUCCUGCUAUUUACCGCAGCCUUGGAAAUGUUCCUCCACUUAGGACAGCGCAAUACAACUCCAAAUGGCUCAAUGAGCCUAACUUUAUUGCUGCCUACGACAUUGGCUUGUUCACCUAUUUCUUCUUCCGUGAGAAUGCAGUGGAGCACGACUGUGGGAAAACAGUGUAUUCUCGUGUGGCAAGGGUGUGCAAGAAUGAUAUUGGAGGGAGAUUUUUACUGGAGGACACGUGGACAACUUUCAUGAAGGCCAGGCUGAACUGCUCCCGUGCUGGAGAAAUCCCUUUUUAUUAUAAUGAAUUGCAAAGCACUUUCUACCUUCCUGAGCAAGAUCUGAUCUAUGGAGUCUUCACUACUAAUGUAAACAGCAUAGCUGCCUCAGCAGUGUGUGCCUUCAAUAUGAGUGCCAUUACUCAGGCAUUUAAUGGCCCUUUCCGUUACCAAGAGAACCCAAGAUCAGCCUGGCUGCCAACGUUAAAUCCCAUCCCGAAUUUCCAGUGUGGGACGCUGAAUGAUGACAGCCCCAAUGAGAACCUGACGGAGAGAGUCCUUCAGGAUGCGCAGCGCUUGUUCCUGAUGAACGACGUCGUGCAGCCGGUGACUGUAGAUCCCUACGUCACUCAGGACAGCAUUCGCUUUUCCAAGCUAGUGGUUGAUAUUGUGCAGGGAAAGGAUACUCUCUACCACGUGAUGUAUAUUGGAACAGAGUAUGGCACCAUCCUGAAGGCCCUUUCUACCACCAACAGGAGCCUGAGGAGUUGUUAUUUAGAGGAAAUGCAGAUCCUCCCUGAUGGACAACAGGAAGCAAUCAAGAGUCUCCAAAUCCUGCACAGUGACAGGUCACUCUUUGUGGGCUUAAAUAAUGGAGUGCUAAAAAUUCCUCUGGAGAGAUGCUCCAUGUACAGAACAGAAGGGGAAUGCCUUGGAGCCAGAGACCCCUACUGUGGCUGGGAUAACAAGCAGAAGCGAUGCACCACCAUUGAGGACAGCUCCAACAUGAGCCUGUGGACUCAGAACAUUACUGAGUGUCCAGUGAAAAACCUGACAACAAAUGGAAGAUUGGGACCUUGGUCCCCAUGGCAACUGUGUGAGCAUUCAGAUGGGGACAGCACAGGCUCCUGUAUGUGUAGGUCACGUUCAUGUGACAGCCCUCGUCCUCGCUGCGGAGGUCGUGGCUGUGAAGGGGCCAGGAUCGAGGUCGCAAAUUGCUCAAGAAAUGGCGCUUGGACACCCUGGUCUUCCUGGGCUCCAUGUAGCACCUCCUGCGGGAUAGGCUUCCAGGUCCGGCAGCGGUCCUGCAGCAACCCUGCUCCACGGUACGGGGGAAGGGUCUGUGUUGGACAAAGCAGGGAAGAAAGAUUCUGUAAUGAGAACAGUCCAUGUCCACUACCGAUUUUUUGGUCUUCCUGGGGUCCUUGGAAUAAAUGUAGUGUGAACUGUGGUGGAGGAAUUCAUUCAAGGCAGAGAUCCUGUGAAAAUGGAAAUACAUGUCCAGGCUGUGCUGUGGAAUAUAAAACCUGUAACCCGGAGAGCUGCCCAGAGGUGCGCAGGAAUACCCCCUGGACCCCGUGGAUGCCUGUCAACAUCACGCAGAGCGGCGCCCGCCAGGAGCAGCGCUUCCGCUACACCUGUCGUGCCCAGCUGCCCGAUCCCCACGAGCUGCAGUUCGGCAGGAAGAAAACCGAGAGUCGAUUCUGCCCCAAUGAUGGCUCAGCAGUGUGUGAUACUGACUCUCUUGUCGAUGACCUCCUCAAGACUGGUAAGACCUCUGCACGGAUUAUCAAUGGGGGCUGGUCCUUCUGGGGCGCCUGGUCUUCCUGUUCCAGGGACUGUGAGUUGGGCUUCAGGAUCAGGAAGAGAACAUGCACAAACCCUGAACCUAAAAAUGGUGGCUUGCCCUGUGUGGGAUCAGCAACAGAGUACCAAGACUGCAAUCCACAUCCCUGCCCAGUGAAAGGCUCAUGGUCUUGCUGGACUCCGUGGUCUCACUGCUCAGCCACCUGCGGAGGAGGACACUACCAGCGCACGCGAACUUGCACCAAUCCAGCACCGUCUAGUGGAGAGGAUAUCUGCAUUGGUCUGCACACCGAGGAGGCCCUUUGCAACACACACCCGUGUGAAGGUGGCUGGUCAGAGUGGUCAGAGUGGAGCCUGUGUAACGAAGAGGGCAUACAGUACCGCAGCCGUUACUGUGAGGUACACAACCCAGACUCUUCCCAGUGCGUUGGAAACAGCACACAGUACCAAGAUUGCCUCUAUAAUGAAAUUCCUGUGAUCCUGCCAGCCUCCAGCAUUGAUGAGAGCACGAACUGUGGAGGUUUUAGUCUCAUCCAUCUGAUUGCCACCGGGGUCUCCUGUUUCUUUGGCUCUAGCCUCUUAACGUUUGUGAUUUACGUGUACUGCCAGCGCUGUCAGAGGCAGUCCCAGGAGUCAACCGUUAUACACCCGACCACUCCCAACCAUCUCCAUUACAAGGGCAACACAACCCCCAAGAAUGAGAAGUACACCCCUAUGGAGUUCAAGACACUUAACAAGAACAAUUUGAUACCAGACGACAGGACCAACUUCUACCCAUUGCAGCAAACCAACGUGUACACGACAACGUAUUAUCCCAGUACACUGAAUAAAUACGACUACAGGCCCGAGGCCUCCCCUGGAAGGACCUUUACCAACAGCUGAUGAUGGACAGAUCCUACAGGACUGAAUCACUUUCUAAAUGGUUUUCUUUUUUAAUUGAUUUUAUGGACCAAAUACUGGCCCAGCUUCUAGAUGUAAAUAUUGUACAGUAGGGUCUAUUUUUUUUCCUUUUCCUUUUUUUCCCCCCCCUCUCCUUUGGUUAAUUGUGUUUCUUGUAAGCAGCACACCUCCUUACAAGGACAGAACUGCAUAUGGACCAUACCGCAGAGCUUUUGUGCAUAUACAGCUGGAGGUGGCUCCUACUACUGCAACUGUUCAUGGUUGGAAGACCAGCACCGCUGUUCAAGGCUGGUGUUGUCCAAGAGAUGGCUGUGUGCUGGGCUUGGCUGCGGCACACAGCAGCACAUGACACAGCAGUACACUCUAAGGCAGGCCAGAGGUAGCCUGCUGGGGCAGGGGUGUCCUGGCUGGCUGGUGAGGAGCAUCCUUGCUGAGACAGGGUAGCGGUGGUGCGCUGAAUGACACGCAGCUCGUGAAGCAGGCCGAGUGGGACUCCGUUGUGCCAACAACUUGAAGAACAUUUUCCUUUGCUUUUCUUUUUCUUUUCCUUUUUUUUUUUUUUUUGAAUUUUAUUUUUAAAUAUUUCUGAAAAAAAAAAAAAGAAAAAGUAAAAAAAGCAAAAAGUGACUUUCUAGGGCAGUGUUCCCUGUAUCUUCAACACAACCUUUUCAUAUUACAGGAAAUACUCUCCACAGCCUUCGUUGGAAAUAUGCAGUUCAGCUGAUGGGAAACAACACACAAAGAAAGUGCAUUACCUAAAGAACCUUUCCAGAAUGUUUCCAGUCUUAAUUAAAAGAAAAUUAUACAGGCAGUGAGACACUGAGGAAAGCAAAUGUUGGGAUAACAUCGGAGAGGUGAACUUGGAGUGCCUAACAAACAAAGAUCUUUGUAUCUCUGGAAAAAAAAGAUGUGAUGGUUGCCACUCGAGAGCCAUAGGCUUUUCUUUUCUUUUCUUUCUCCCCUUUUUUUUUUGUCUGUGGGUUUUGGUUUUUUUUUCUGAGACACUGUUAACUCUUUUUGUUCUAGCUUUGAUCUCGAUUGCGUCUGCCAGGAACGGCAACUUCAGAGGCCACGUUCUUCUUGUGGGAGAUCACCAUGCUUUGGGCUCAUUUUUUGUCUUGUUUUAUUGUUGGUUUUUACUUCCUUUACUUUCAAAGAGCGAAUGAUUCUGACUUUGCAGGGGGAGGAUAUUUUUGUAAGGAAUGUUUCUAAAGUCUGAGAUGACCCAGAAAGUCCGCUGCACAUUCUUAUAGUGUCUUCCAGUCAGUACUCUAUGAAGUAGUAACACGGCUGAGUAACGUGCGUUGUUUGCCAGUAUUCCUUUCAUUUUCCUGAACAAAAACAACCCAACAAACCAGUGCUGCUGCAGCUGUUGGAGUCAAUUGGGGCAGUGGCAUUAUUAAACAGUAUACCCAGCCUUGAAAUGUAAUUUUGUGUAAGUGUGUGACUGUGUCUCUAAGAACUGUAUUAGUUUGAUGCAGAAGCCAUGUUGUCUACAACCAGAUGUUUGUCUGACAUAAUUGUUUGGCCAAAAGGAAACUUAUUGCUGGUGCUUAUUGUACAAUUACAUCCAAUGUGUUAGCAACGUGAACAAGUUCACCACUGUUAUCAUUCAGUGUUUCUAAAUAUUUAUAAUGAACUCCUGAUGCUAAGGAUUUUAGAAUGUCACAAUUGAGCAUGAGAUAAAAGUACACCCUGAAAUGUGCAUGAGCUCCACGUGGUCCCGAGCUUGGCUUUGUUGUCUGCAUCUUAUUCCAGCAGUUGCUGUGCCCGUGCUUGGCCAUCACCUUGGCCGUGAUCCCAGCAGCCCUGUUUGUCUGUGCUUUAGUUCAGAUUUCGCUGUCAGCCGACACUGACCAGUUCUCAGUGGUGUUCCUUUGCAGUUGCUUGUUGGGAAGCCCAGCGUGGGCUGUGUACUCAGCUCUUUCACAUAGGCAGCCAGUAGGACAUGAAGAGAGGCUGUGUUGCUUGUGACAGGUAUAUUGCUUUUCCUGCGAGGAAAAGCCAGCGUGGCUCUGUAAGCCUGUGCCGUGGUGGUUUGGCCAGAAGGCAAGCAUAGAGUAGCCUCCCAUUUUUUAAUUACUUUGUGUGACUUCAGUUUGCAGUGAUUGAAGGCCGUAGGGAUAUCUGUAAUGAAGUGAGGUCAUUAGCACAGCCAGGGAGGACACCUUAGGCUCAGUGGUGCCCAUCAUUUCCAGCAGGUGUUUUUUUCUAAUUUAGCAGCUCAUCCUGCUUCUGCACUGGUCUCACCAGGAGAAGUAGAGAGAAUAGAGAGAGGGAGGUGCCCUUAAAUAGAUGUACUCACAUUGGAAGCAGCGGGGUCAGGAGCUGAUGCAGACCUUGAAGUUCUGGCAGAAACAACUUGCUGCAACCCUCCAAAUAGGCACAAAGGCUUGGUAGCCCUAACGCCACUUGCAGCACAGCUAGGGUGGGAGUGGCAAGAGUGAAGCAAGGUCACCAGAGAAACAGGAGGGCAGCAGCAGCAGUUACCAGCUCCUGCAAGGAGGGUCUUCCCAGGCCCCUAAAUCCCAUUUGAGGAGUAAUGCCUUUGUGCCUCAUGCCAUAAUGAGUUGAUCUCAUCUCACUGAAUUUCCAUCUCUUGCUCAGCAACACUGAAAGUCCUGACUUAAAGUACUUCUAACAAGUAUGGAGCCCAAGGGUUGCAAAUUAUUACAUUAGACUAUCAGGGCAGGAUCUCCCAGUUUUAUGUGACUCAGAAGACGACACUGGCUCCCAAGGUCACGCUAGCCAUGGUAAAAUUAAAGCCAUCUCCAAGCUUCCCCUAUAGAAGAUUCCCUGCAUGAGCACAUUCUGCAACUGCCAUGCAUGUGGCAGGAUGGCAGCUGGAGUCUGGGGGAUGUGAGCAAGUCAAACUUUGCAAUUAUUUGAAUUUCCUAAUUUUCCUUUCCUUCUUCCCUCCCCCCCUCCAUUUUUGGCUUCACAGAAGAACAUGAUGCCAAGUGAUUUAUUUUUUUCCCCCCAAAGUGCCAUAUAGCAGCUGUAAUUUGAAUGCUUAGCUCACCAAGAGAGGCCAUUACUGCCAUUGUGCUCAGGAGGUGGAUAUUUUGUAGGCUAUUGGAGGGUAGAUGCUUUGAGAGUGGUUAUAGUUUCAUCAAGACAUGCCUUCUUACCAGCCAUCCAAAUGGAUUCAGCCCUUUUUUUCAUAUAAUUGGCAAUCACAGCAAGAGUCUGUAGACUCCAUUCAAGCAGAAAGUAGAAACCAGGAGAGGGGAGAGAGAGAGCAAAAAAAGGAAAUCAGAAUGCUUAUUACUCAAUUAGUGCUUGCAUGAGAGCGCAGCUCUGUAAGGAUGGUGUUAAUGUGGUGUGAGGGUUGCAUUUUUUCUGCGCUCUCUAAUGCGUGGCAGGUUAAUGACAACAUGUACAGUGAUAUUCUUGCAAUCCAGGUAAUUUGGCAGCUUGAUCAUCAGGGCUGUAAUAUCUGUAGAAGCCUGAAUUGCUCCUGCAGCUGGAUGUUAAACUUGCUGAAAUUUCCUGUUCUUAAGGCCAUCUUCCAGUGCAGUUGAAAUGCACUUAGCUGGGAGCAUUGCUUUCCAAAAGAGUCUUGCUGUAGUUUUUUGAGGGUUGUUUUUUGGUUGGUUUGGUUUGGUUUUGUGUUUUUUUAAUUUCUAAAAAAGAUAAGGGGAAUCCUGGGCAGUUGCUGUGUUGGUCUAGUGACACUGGUCCUCUGCAAACCCUUUGAGCAGGAUUCAGGUGUGUAAAACAUGCUGGCAAUCUUACAGCCAAGUGUGUAGCAGAAACAUCUUUCGUUAGGCCAUUUUUCUUUCCUUUUCCAUGGAAGGGGCUGACUUUCUGCCUCCAGAAGGGGUGUGCAUUAUGGUGCUGUCCAGGCUGUGCUGAGCCUUUGCUGUUGGGCUUUACUUGAUCAGCCAUCACCAGAAGUAACCUGUGCAGCUCCCUGGUAGACCAACCACCUGACAAUCAAAACAACAGUGUAAGAGGUGCUGUUGCUCUAAAGGUGCACUUGAAUGUUCAGCAUAUGAGCCAGGGCUGCUCUUAACUAUACGAACUGUACAGAUACUAUAGGAUACUAUAUAUGUAUUGUCUUACCACCACUGUUCCUAAUGCCUUACACUCAGAAAAUGAGGUGCUUGGUUUGAAAUCAACAGAAAGUAGGAAUGGAGUCCAUGUCUGAUGCAGACCACUUGACGUGUCCAGUGUUAAUCUGAUGUUAAGCCCACCUGGAGAGAAAAUUACUGUCCACGGAGAGUGACUUAUUCUUUGUACCAAAUGUAGUGGGGGCAGAGUUAUAUAUAUAUAAAUAUAUAUAUAUAUAUAUAAAAAUGUAAAUGUAAAGUUUGUGUACUCUUUUGUUUUUUUUUAAUAGUGUAUACAUCUAUCAGUGGAUAGAAACAGUAUAUAUUUAUAAUAUAUACACAUACUAUAUAUAUAUUUAGCAAAAUGCUUGCAGAGAAAGCUUAGAAUUAGAGAGGCAGUGCUGACAUUCAAAUUUUACGGGGACAAAGUGAAGAAGAUAAAAAGCAAGCCAUUAGGUGUCCUCCCCAUUAGGUGUAAAAAAACCCCAACUCUGUUGAGGUAAAUUAAAUAUAAUUUUUUAAUUGACAAGAAAAUUGAUUUUUAUAGUUAGAAAUGCUGAUCCUGCCCUAAAUCACUCUGGUUAAGAAUGAUCAAGAUAAAGAUUCUUGUUACUGCUUAUAUUUUCUGAGGAAGCCUCCCAAGUCUCUCAUGUGUGUCACUAUUGUUUUUGUAAUUAUAAGUAGGGAGUAAUUGUGCAAAGAAAAUUAAAAUAGCAAGAAGGAGUAACAAAUAUUGUACCAUUAGAGCAAAAGACAUCAUCUGUUAGAACGAGGAAAAUGUCAUCUUCCAUGGUAAGGAAUUUAGCAGCUGCUUUCUGAGUUAAUGAUCAGCAUUGUAAGCCUUGCCUUAUGACACCAGGAGGUUGUAGUAGAAGACAGACCUCACAGACUGUGGCUUUUGGUUUUCAGAGGGGUCCAGAAAAGCCACCAGGCUGUGGGAGUCAGAACCUUGGUGCCUUGGCUGUCUCCAGAACUUCCAGCCUUAGUGGCCAAGGCUCUGCAGCUGUUCCUCACACCCCUCCCUUGAGCCAGCCCAUGUGCACAGCAGGGCACAGCACCCCUUGGAGGUUUCUAAUGUAGCAGAGAACUACCCAGUACCCUGGCUUUGAAGGGUUUGUUUUAUUCCAACAAAUCACUUGGAUGCCCUCAUGACCAAGCCCAGACUCAAAGAGGUGAAUCCUCCCCUUAAGCUUGUUAAGAGGAAACUUCAGGUGCUUUCAAGAGCAGAUUUGGGGUAGAUGAGAAACCUACAAAUUUUGAUGCAGUCUGAUUGCCAGAGCCUUUGAUGCUGCCAGCACUUCUGGAGCUGGGUCCCUGCGGGACUUGACUUAGUCUCAACUGUUUUACCUGGAAAUUCCUCCUUUGGGCCUGUUGGGAAACUUCAGUGUCCACAUUAACCCUGGCUGGAGGAGCAAAACCAGCAACCCAUUCUUUAGACAGCCACAAAUUCAAUAGCAUUCAACAUAAGUUUGGGCCUUGACCUUAGAAUCAUAGAAUGUUUUAGAUUGGAAAGGACCUUUAGAGGGCAUCCAGUCCAACCUGCCUGCAGUGAGCAGGGACAUCUUCAACUAGACGUGGUUGGUCUGAUCCAGUUAAAGCUGAUCUUGCUUUUUCUCCUUUCUGCCUCCAGCCUCAGCUGCAAACUCAAUAUUUGAGAAGGCUCAGUGCUGUCAGAGCGUUUGACUUUCUGCAAGUCCCAGAUGCAAUUUGGUUUUAAACAAUUCUGAUGGUGGAAAGUAUUAACUCUGCCCUCCAGCCCUGCAGCCUCCGUGAGCGCCACGUGCUUCAUUUGCACGCCACAGAGUCAAGCAGGGCUUGGUGUGGGUGAGCCAUUGAUAACUGCACCUAAAAUAGUACCAAAACAUCAAACAGCGUGAAAACAGCCAGCUGCAUGUUGGGGGGGGGGGAAGGGGGUUUCCAUCCACACACCCUUCCUUAGACAGCAUCCAAACCUGCACACACUUAAAAGCAACGUGGUUAAUGAGAAGCAUUCCCACAGAGGAAGCUUUAGGGAGGAUGAAGAGUAUGCGAGAUGGAAAUGAUAGGGUUUAGCUUGUAAGUGAGGAGAGAGAGUGACACAUCUUGGAUACGCAGGAAAUUGUUAUGCUGACACAGAAUGCUUGCCCCAAAACAGCAAAACCUGGAGAGUAUUAUUGGACUCUGUUGUGAAGGCACAUCACCCUUCCUAUGCAAUUGAACUUGAUGGUACUUUAGUAUAAAGGUGACCUAGACUGUAAUCACUGCCUUUAGACACUGUGAAUUUUUUUUGGGUACUCUGUAUUUUUAUAUAUUGUACAAUGUAAAGAAUAAUUCAGAAAUAAAAGAGACCAAUCUGGCAA